CUUAACCCACAUAAACUCUCUCUCUUUUCUCACUCUCUCAAAAGGUCUGUCCCUGUCUCAGAAACAGAAGCUCAAAAGUUACUCUCAAAGACGAAACGAAGCAGCUCAAAGAUCAUAAAAGCAAGCCCUGUUCUCCACUCGCUUUUUUAUUAGAACCGAAGAAUGGCAGGGACUGCUGAUCCACAUGAUUUUUCAGAUAGUGAUAGAAGCUCAGAGGAUGAAGCUGCUGUUAACAUUUCUGAGUAUGAAGGGAUGGGGCCAGAACUAUUGCAGGGGCAUAAUGUAGUGAAUAAUGAGUUCAUUUCGUUAGAACAAUCUGGUGAAGCUUUGGAUAUAGGAAACUUGGAGCCAUACAAUGGGAUGACUUUCCAAUCCCUAGAUGAUGCAAGGGAUUUUUAUUUUGAAUAUGCUAAGCGCACUGGUUUCACCAUACGAACGAAUCGAAUCCGACACUCACUAAAGAACAUGGCUAUAAUUGGACGGGAUUUUGUUUGUUCUAGAGAAGGUUUUCGAGCAGCAAAGCAUACACAUAGAAGAGACAGGGUUCUUCCUCCAAGGCCAAUUACAAGAGAAGGUUGCAAAGCAAUGAUAAGGCUGGCUGCAAGGGAUGGAGGUAAAUGGAUUGUUACCAAAUUUGUACGAGAGCAUAACCACAAGCUAAUGACACAUUGCAAAUUUCCGGGGGAACUGCCAACUAUUAAUAUGCUCAGUGAGGAAGAGAAGGAUAAGAAAAUUCAGGAUCUAACCAGUGAACUACAGCGUGAAAAAGAACGGUCUGCAGCAUUUCGGCAGCAACUACAGAAGAUUCUCAAAGAUCUCGAAGAACAUGCUGAAUUUAUGUCAAUAAGAGUUGAAGACAUAGUUGACAGCCUGAAAAAGGUUGAACUUGAUGAUGUAUAGCUUUAACUGGCCUUGUUCGCCUGCAAUUUUUCAUAGGAUGGGCCAUAACUAAACCUAAUUUUAUAACACUAGGAUACUGCUAAAUUCAAUCCGUGGAUUCGACAUUCUAAAUGUUCUGAGGCUGCGAUUGUAGUUCAUCAGCAUAAAACUGUAUCUUAAAAACCACCAUGAUAGAAGAAAUAUUUGCUAGGGAUUUCUUUGGCAUUUUCCUCUCAGUGAGUUCUGUUGUAUUCAAACAAGUGAAGAAGAUGAAAACGGUUUUAACAUGUUAAUUUCCUUAAAUUUCAAUGAUGAGUUCUUUUCACCUGAGCAAAACCACCUCCCCUGUUAUACCUGCUUCUUUCCCCCUCCCCGUUUUUGGGUGUGUGCAUGCACUCAUAUAAAGCAUUCAGACCCUGUACUUGCUAGUGAAGAUGAAGAUGACUCUUGACAUGUUGAUUCUUGAAAUUUCUUCUUUUAUUGCUGCACCUCUGCAGACCCUCGCUUCCCAGACCUUUGUGUCCUAACUAAUAAGCAUUAAGACCUCACAUUUUCAGGGAGAAUUCAACGACCUCCAUGACUGCAACAUGAGAAAGCGUUAUAUCGUCUUGUGAGGUCCAAAUAUUCGUGAUUGAAUAUAUUUUCUUUUCUGUUCAAACUCUGCGUGUUCAACCAUGUAUCAGAAGACUACCCUUUCGAAGGUUCAUUUUUGAAAUUACCCUUUCAUUGGUUGCUUCUGUCAAUUUCCUUUUGUAGUUUUGAUUAGUAACUGGUAAGCCAACAUAUAUUUUUUUGGUUAUAGUUAAUAAACUCUCAAAGAUGGAGGGAUUCUAGUUAAUAUUAGGGAUGUUGGUCUCUUUGGUGCUCAGAUUGGCCUUCAGAACAUAUUUCAAGCAAUUACUUACUUUGAACACGGUGGAAUGCUCUCCUUGGAACCUGAAUGCCUUCUAUUUCCUGUACUUAUCAGAGUUCCAAAAUAGGUAAAAGGUGUGAACGUGUUUCAGGAGGAGCCG